GAACAAUAAAUAACAUUAUCUUAUCGCACAAAACGCACAUUAUUUGGUUUCAUCAAUAUAAUAUAGCAGUGCAAAAAAUGUUGCUAAUAAUAAUUGUUGCUGGUUUGUUAACAUUUUACUAUUUGCUUGGGCGUCCUUUGAACUAUUGGAAAAAUCGCGGAGUGAAACAAGGAAAACCAUGGAUUUUGUUUGGUGACAGUUUAGGCAUAAUACUCAGGAAAAUGAGUAUUGCUGAAGCUGUAACUUCCGUAUACGAUUUAAUACCUCCUAAUACACGCUAUUAUGGAAUUUACCAGUUUAUGAAACCAAAAUUGGUUGUAAGGGAUCCGGAUUUGAUAAGAAGAAUUACCGUGAAGGAUUUUGAUCAUUUCGUUGAUCACGUCGCUAUGGCUGAUCCUAAAGCCGAUCCUUUGUUUGCCAAAAAUUUGCUGGGUCUUAAAGGUGAAGAAUGGAGAAAAAUGAGAUCAACAUUAACAGGCUCAUUUACCAGCAGCAAAAUGAAAAUCAUGUUCAAUUUGGUAACUGAAGCUGCUGAGGAUUUCGUCAAUUAUUUUGAAAAGCAACAAAAAAACAAUAAGAUUUUGGAUAUCGAGAUGAAAGAUGCAUUUACACGAUUUACAAUUGAUGUAAUUGCCUCAACAUCUUUUGGAGUCAAAGUGGAUUCCCUAAACGAGCCGGAUAAUGAAUUUUUCAAAAUGGGCAAAGAAAUUUCUCAGUUGAGUUUCAAAACUGUUUUGAAAAUGUUACUCUUUCAAGCAUCACCGAAAAUUUACCGAUUUUUCAAUUUGUCAACAUUUCGCAAAGAAGUCUAUGAAUUUUUCGGCAAUUUAAUCAAUGAAACUAUAACAACUCGUGAAGCUAAAGGUAUUCAUAGACCUGACAUGCUUCAAAUUCUAAUGGAAGCCAAAAAGGGCAUAGACAAAGAAGAACCCAACACCAACAUGAAUACUGAUAUAGGCUUUACAGCUACCACAGAAUACAUACCCAAAGCAGAAGCCCUCAAAAUCACCAACGAAGACAUCAUAGCCCAAGCGGUCAUAUUUUUCUUUGCAGGAUUUGAUUCAGUAUCCUCCCUAAUGACAUUUACUGCAUACGAAUUGGCUGUCAAUCAACAAGUACAAGACAAACUGAGACAAGAAAUUUUAGCCACAAAUCAAGUAACUUUUGAAGUUAUAGCCAAUAUGCCAUACAUGGACAUGGUUAUAAGUGAGGCUUUACGUAAAUGGCCCCCAUUUGUUGUAGUGGGCCGAGAAUGCACCAAAACUUACAUUAUCAAACCAAAAUUGGUUUCUGAAGCUGAAUUAAUAGUGCCUAAAGGCAUGGCAAUUCAAAUUCCUACUUACGCAAUUCACCAUGACCCAAAAUACUAUCCGGAACCUGAACAAUUCAUUCCGGAAAGAUUCAGUGCAGAAAAUCGUAAUAAAUUGACUCCGUAUACGUUUUUGGGUUUCGGCCAGGGGCCUAGGAGCUGUAUAGGGUCCAGGUUUGCUUUGCUAGAGUUGAAAAUUGUGUUUUUUUGUUUACUUAAAAGAUUGAGGCUGGUGGUUAACGAAAAAACUCAAGUACCGGUCAAAUUGAAACGCGGAAUGGGAAUUAAUAUUCGACCUGAAGAUGGAUUGUGGUUGGGGCUGGAAAAGUUAAAUUAGGAUCUUGAAUUAAUAUAAAUUUUAAAGUAAUGUUUUGUUUUUUGCUUUAGAUGAUGAUGCAGGUAAAUUUUAGAAAUUCUGGAAGAAAAGCGACCUUCUCAUAAGACUUUUUUGAACAAAUAUUUAAAAAACCCCUGCUACAUAAGCAACAGGGGGUCAUUGAGAUCAUCGGAUAUUUUUUAAAAGAUUAUUAUUUUGAGUUUAUUGAUAAAUUUUUCCAGAAAAUUGUUCACCAAUCAAUCUAAAUCAGCCAAAACCCCAUUGAAUCCAUUUGUAAAAAUACCGCAACCUGCUCAAUUCUAUCUCCAAUUAGAAUUUAUCGCUUUUGCUUACCUGUUCUGUUUUUCAAAUCCUCACCAUUGAUGGAGAGGCCAGGCUUUUCCGCCCUAUUUUCCUUUUUCCCAGUAAAAGAACAAACAAGCGACAUUAGGUUGGCUUCUUUUUUUUGAUCCUACAAAGGUAAUUGAAAUCACUUUAUUAAUCAUUUCCAAGACAAAUAAAAAU